GUCAAAGGUUAACAUGGCGAAAAGUUGUUAGCAAUCUGUCAACAAUUUGAUUGUAUUUACAGUAUAAGAUGAGUUAUAUGUUACGAUGUAAAUGAAGCAUUGAUAGGAAUGGCAUAUAUAAACUGAAAGUGAGACAUUUUAUCAUCAUGAGUACUACCGCGAGAGGUAAUAAAGAUGCGGAAAAAGCAAACCAGGAACUAAUCGCUUCCCUCAAAUUCAAAGUGAAAGAGCUUGAACAUGAAGUAUCCACGUUGAGAGGAAGACUGGAUGAUUUAAGGAAAGCAAAGAAUACAACUAUCACAAAACGAGAGAGAGAAGUUGUUGAAGUUGGAUUUAAGAGAGAUCCAAGAUAUGAAGCUAAGUUAGCUGAGCUUGAAAAACAGAUCAGAGAUAAAUCUGCUGCUAAGAACAGAGAAAUUGAAGAACUUAAGAGAAAACAUGCAGAGGAAUUGGAAGCACAAAAUAAAAAGCAGAAAGACCUGCAGAAACAGCUUGAUGAUCUGUAUCAGAGGAUGGAAAAAGAGAGAAAAGAUUUGAUGGACAGACUUGAUAAGCAAAAAUCUACGCCAGCAUGUAAUCAUGAAGAUGAAUUGUACAAGUUAAGAACGAAAGUUGCUGAGUUGGAGGGAGACAAAUCUGCCCUAAUGUUGGAAAACAAAGAUCUGACUGAAAGAGUUAAUGCCCUUCAUCUAGAAUUGAGCGUCAAGGAAGCCAAAUGGUGUGAAAAGGAGGAACAGUACAACCUUAAGUUGAAACAGCAAUGGGGAGAUAAGUAUGAAGAAUGGAUGAGAGAAACAGAGAAGAAGAUAAAUGAACUCCAGGAAGCUAAUCAGUUAUUACGUAUGUAUCUUCACAGAUCAGGUCAAAGGUUACCACCUGAAGCUGGCGGGGGUGAACAGAGUUGAAAAUGCAUGUCAAACAACUGUAAAUUGCAGCAAAACCAAGAUCUGUCAUCAUUAUUAUAAUGAGUAUAACUGAAUAUUCAUCAUCAUCAUUUUGUCAUCCCUCAUGAUCAUCAUCAUUUUUACCAUCAUUCCUGUCAUUGCAUGGCUCAUUUAUUGUUCCCAUUAAAAUCUUUAUACUGUCUGUAAGCAUCAUCAUUAUCAUCAUCAGCAGCAGCAUCACAGAAAACAUUUUGUCAUAUUGAUCAGACUAUCAGUGACUUUAUCGAAUUUGAAUUCUCGGGCACAUGGAAAUGUUUGUCAUUUGAGCCACACCAUGAGAAAACCAACAUAGUGCAUUUGCGACCAGCAUGGAUCCAGACCAGCCUGCGCACCUGCGCAGUCUGGUCAGGAUCCAUGCUGUUCGCUUUCAAAGCCUAAUGCAAUUAGAGAAACUGGUAGCAAACAGCUUGGAUCAUGACCAGACUGUGAGAAUGCACAUGCCGGUCUGGAUCCAUGCUGGUCGUGAGCUAACUGUGUUGGUUUUCUCAUGGUGUGGCUCAUUUUAUGUUCUCAGACCUUACUGUGUUUAUACAAAAUUGUGUUCCAACUAUAUUAAUAUAACAACAACUAACUUGGUUAUAGUAUUAGGUAUUUUCAUGUUGUAUCUUCAUAAAGCUAUGAUGAAAACAUGUUUAUGAAUUAUUUUUAUGUCUACUUCAAAUUUGAACAGGUUCAAGAUUACAAAAUCGAGUUUGGAAUCUAGACCAAAAUCUUCAGUUUUAAGGGUCUUCCCACAUAUUUUUGGCAAAAAAAAUUUCUCUCAAAAAUCCAUAAAAGUGAGUCUCUAAAAGUGACUACCCGGUAGUGGUGCAAACUUACUGACAUAAGAGUUUUGCAAGAUAUUCUUAUAAAUAACCGAAAGAUUGUGUAGAAGGUAGUAAACCAUUGCCAAGCUUUUAAAAUAUUGCAGAAAAUUUGCAUUCUUCUUACUUUUUUAUCAAUACCUAACUUUUAUUUUCACCCACUUAAUCAUUUUUAAUGUCAUAUACAUACAUUGUAUGGCAAACAGUCAGACUUAAAAUGUAUGUCUACCUUAGUGUAUGAGAAAUUGAUACCAGAUACCCACUGUUUGCCAUAAAUUUUGUUUAAUAUAAAUUAUGGUCUGCCUUUGGUUUCAGUUUAAUAUAUAAUUAUCAAAUUAUAUACAUAGGUACAUUGUAUUUUUAUUCACAAGCUUGUGAUAUGCAACCAGUCAAGGGAGAUAUAUAAUCUGACUGCUUGCUUUAAAAGCAGGGGACUGCUUAAAACAAGUUAAAAUAAUGGAGAAUUAUUGUAAUUUUGCUUUUUAUAACAUGUAUAUUAUUUUCAAAGAAAUUUGGCCAAAGAUCUUUUAUCACUGCAGUUAAAGCCCUGCUCCGUGGCUAUUGAAAUUCUAUUGUGUGUAUGCAACCCAUGAUUACAAUAGGUAACAGUUAAUGGCCACGCGCCACACUUUAGCAUGCAAAACCACAGGUAUUUUAUAUAGAAUUUUAUAUAAAAUAGACUCUAUUUUGACAGGCGUCUCUGUUCAUAGUCAGGAUUUUCAUGCUUUUUCAGUGACAAUUUAAGGUUAAAAGGUAGGACUGGAGCAGGUCUUUAAGUGUUAAUUAAUUUAUUUUUAUCUUUUCAUAUUUUGUGGUUUAAUUAUUAAAGAUUGGCAGUAAAGCUUUUGCCACAUUACCCUUAAUGGUGCUUGAAACUUUCUUGUUUAUUUAGAUAUAGGUGAGGUAGGCAUGGUUAUGGACAUUUGAAACACUGGUAUGUCCUUGCAUUCAGCCAUUUUAUGUCUGUUUGAUUUAUGUUUGAUGUCUUUACGGAAGGAUUACUUUAAAAAAAAACCUGAAAAGUUUUCAAUACCGCUUGUAUAAAAUUCAAAUAAUGUGACAGUUACAUGUAUAAGCAAUACUGGUGUUUCUCAAGCUAAACGUGUACAAAUAUCAAGUUGACAUUGAUAUUGUAUCUGGAAAAAAAUCACCUUUUUAGCUCACCUGUCACAAAGUGACAAGGUGAGCUUUUGUGAUCGUGCAGCGUCCCUCGUCCGUGCGUUCGUGCGUGCGUGCGUAAACUUUUGCUUGUGACCACUCUAGAGGUCACAUUUUUCAUGGGGUCUUUAUGAAAAUUGAUCAGAAUGUUAACCUUGAUGAUAUCUAGUUCAAGUUCGAAACUGGGUCACAUGCGGUCAAAAACUAGGUCAGUAGGUCUAAAAAUAGAAAAACCUUGUGACCUCUCUAGAGGCCAUAUAUUUCACAAGAUCUUCAUGAAAUUUGGUCAGAACGUUCACCUUGAUGAUAUCUAGAGCAAGUUUGAAACUGGGUCACGUGCCGUCAAAAACUAGGUCAGUAGGUCAGAUAAAAGAAAAACCUUGUGACCUCUCUAAAGGCCAUAUUUUUCAUGGGAUCUGUAUGAAAGUUGGUCUGAAUGUUCACCUGGAUGAUAUCUAGGUCAAGUUUGAAACUGGGUCACGUGCGGUCAAAAACUAUGUCAGUAGGUCUAAAAAUAGAAAAACCUUGUGACCUUUCUAGAGGCCAUAUAUUUCUCAAGAUCUUCAUGAAAAUUGGUCAGAACGUUCAUCUUGAUGAUAUCUAGGUCAAGUUCGAAACUGGGUCACGUGCCUUCAAAAACUAGGUCAGUAGGUCAAAUAAUAGAAAAACCUUGUGACCUGUCUAAAGGCCAUAUUUUUCAUGGGAUCUGUAUGAAAGUUGAUCUGAAUGUUCAUCUUGAUGAUAUCUAGGUCAAGUUCGAAACUGGGUCACGUGCCUUCAAAAACUAGGUCAGUAGGUCAAAUAAUAGAAAAACCUUGUGACCUCUCUAAAGGCCAUAUUUUUCAUGGGAUCUGUAUGAAAGUUGGUCAGAAUGUUCAUCUUGAUAAUAUCUAGGUCAAGUUCGAAACUGGGUCACAUGCGGUCAAAAACUAGGUCAGUACGUCUAAAAAUAGAAAAACCUUGUGACCUCUCUAGAGGCCAUAUAUUUCAUGAAAUCUUCAUGAAAAUUGGUCAGAAUGUUCACCUUGAUGAUAUCUAAGUCAGGUUCAAAAGUGGGUCACAUGCCAUCAAAAACUAGGUCAGUAGGUCAAAUAAUAGAAAAACCUUGUGACAUCUCUAGAGGCCAUGUUUUCCAUGGGAUCUGUAUGAAAGUUGGUCUGAAUGUUCAUCUUGAUGAUAUCUAGGUCAGGUUUGAAAGUGGGUCACAUGCCAUCAAAAACUAGGUCAGUAGGUCAAAUAAUAGAAAAACCUUGUGACCUCUCUAAAGGCCAUAUUUUUCAAUGGAUCUUCAUGAAAGUUCAUCUGAAUGUUCAUCUUGAUGAUAUCUAGGUCAAGUUCGAAACAGGGUCAUGUGCGGUCAAAAACUAGGUCAGUAGGUCUAAAAAUAGAAAAACCUUGUGACCUCUCUAGAGGCCAUACUUAUGAAUGGAUCUCCAUAAAAAUUAGUCAGAAGGUUCAUCUUGAUGAUAUCUAGGUCAAGUUCGAAAGUGGCUCACGUAUCAUCAAAAAGUAGGUCAGUAGAUCAAAUAAUGAAAAAACGUUGUGACCUCUCUAGAGGCCAUAUUUUUUAUGGGAUUUGUAUGAAAGUUGGCCUGAAUGUUUAUCUUGAUGAUAUCUAGGUCAAGUUUGAAACUGGGUCAACUGCGAUCAAAAACUAGGUCAGUAGGUCUUGAAAUAGAAAAACCUUGUGACUUCUCUAGAGGCCAUACCCUUGAAUGGAUCUUCAUGAAAAUUGGUCAGAGUGUUCACCUUGAUGAUAUCUAGAUCAAGUUUGAAACUGGGUCACGUGCCUUAAAAAACUAGGUCAGUAGCCCAAAUAAUAGAAAAACCUUGUGACCUCUCUAGAGACCAUAUUUUUCAAUGGAUCUUCAUGAAAAUUGGUCAGAAUUUUUAUCUUGAUAAUAUCUAGGUCAGGUUCAAAACUGGGUCACAUGAGCUCAAAAACUAGGUCACUAUGUCAGAUAAUAGAAAAAACGACGUCAUACUCAAAACUGGAUCAUGUGGGAAGAGGUGAGCGAUUCAGGAACAUCAUUGUCCUCUUGUUUAUUUUUCCUUUUAGUACAGUAAAAUGGUGUAAAAAUACUUCAGAAAAUGGGAAAAGCAUGAAACUUGGUACAUAACUACUUUAAGGCAAAAUACUAAAAAUGAGCAUGAGACCCACUCCGAAAAAUCCAAUAUGGCCGAAAAAUCCAAGAUGGCCACCAUAUAUGUAUAUAUUUUCAAAAAUACAUAAUAUCAUAUAUAAAAUUUCUAUUGACACUUACAGUUAUCAGUAUAAUAAGCUAAAACCACCUGCCUGAAUAAAUCCAAACAUAUUAUAUUAACAAAAAUACCGCUCUUCCAACAAAAAUGAAAAAAGUUGUCUCCCUUGGAUAAAAUGUGCUAUUAAGCAUAAGAAAAGUCAUAAUGCAUUUAUAUGAAUCAAAAUUAAGUAUAUAAUGGUAACUGGCAUAUCAAGAAAGUUUAAAAAUGCAACAGUCUUGUGCAGAACUUUACAACAACUGUAAAUUAAUUAAUUAUAAAUACAUUCGAACUUCGGUAACUGGAACCCAUCAGGACCGACUAAAAUUAUUCGAAUUAUCGGUAGUACUAGUAUGAGUGAUCGGAAAAUAUAUUAUAAAAGAAUUUGUUUGGGACCUGACGAUAGAUUAAUUGAAGAAUGGUGUUCGAAUUAUCAGAGUUUGAGCAAAUGAAGUUUUAGUCUGUAAUGUGUAUUAGUGAAUAAAUGACAUG